GCAGGUAUUUAGGGUUCUUUCAGUGCUUCAUUUUUUUUAGUUUGUAUCCAUUGAACAGUAGCACUGGUAGUUAUGCACAUAUGAAUAUGUAAAAGUUUGAUCAUAACAUGGCUUUAGCAUCUAGUCUUCACCAGACUUACAUUCCUUUGCCUUCCUCCAAUUCAGGUGAUAGGCAUGCAGAUGAUGAAGUAGUUCUUAAACCAGUCCCCAUUUAUAUCAUCAGCCAUGAAUCUCAACUUCCGGACCCAUUUCUCUACCCUUCCCCAAAAAAUGAGUUGGUUGUUGGACUCGACUGCGAUGGUGUUGACCUUGGUAGAUACGGAGCUCUCUGUAUUGUGCAGCUUGCUUUUCCGGAUGCUAUUUACUUGGUUGAUGCAAUUCAUGGUGGGAAAGAGUUGAUUAAUGCCUGCAAGCCUGCUCUUGAGUCUAUCUUUAUCACAAAAGUUAUUCUCGACUGCAAACGGGAUAGUGAGGCAUUAUACUAUCAGUUUGGUAUCAAGUUGCACAAUGUUAUGGAUACCCAGAUAGCUUAUUAUCUGAUAGAGGAACAGAUGGGGAAGAAGAGCGCACCAGAUGGCCAUAUCUCUUUUGUGCGCCUUCUUGGAGAUCCACGCUAUUGUGGUAUAUCAUAUGUGGAGAAAAAAGAAAUCCGUUCUCUUCUGAAGGAGGAUCCUCAGUUUUGGGCCUACAGACCAUUAUCUGAUCUGAUGGUCCGUGCAGCUGCUGAUGAUGUUCGAUUUCUUCCAUACGUAUUCCAUAAGAUGAUGGAGAAAUUGAGUGAGCAAUCACUAUGGAGACUUGCAGUUCGUGGUUCACUUUGUUGUCGGUGUUUCUGCAUUAGUGACAGAACUGAUUGGCCAGCAAUUCCUUCUAUUCCAGAUUUCCUCAAUGUGGAACGAGAUACAUUGGAAGACGAGAUUUUCUCCGUGCUUGAUGUGCCACCCGGGAUUGGUAGAAAAGGAUCCUCAAUUUUGUCAAUCAAAGAAUCAUGCAAGGCAGAAAUCGUAAUCGGUGGAUCAAAGGGAGCGCCAGACAAGGUUUUCAUCCUUGGACCCCUGUGUUUGAGUUACAAUAUUCUCGAACUUUAGAUUAGUGAUCAGUGAAAGGAUUUUAGAAAAGUCAAGGAUUAGUUAAGAAAUUUGAAGGUGGGAUGAGUCGCAUUGGGCUCGUUCACAGCGUAUGUUUGGGAGCUUGAGUCCAAGUCUCGCGGGACAAGAGCCUCACACUUCUGGCCCAAGGUUUUUGUCCCCACACCGAGGCGAGCUCCAGAUGAGUCCCAAUUUAUCCUUUAAAAAUAUUUUACUUGAAAAGGAUUCCAUAAUAAUUGUCUGCACCCUUAAAAUGCCUUGAGAAUUGCAUUUUAGAGCGUUAAAAUUAGCCUGGGAAACGAAGAAGUUGAGUAACAUGAUACAUCAAAAGUGCAAGCUAACUAGUAGAAUGACAGCUUCCUUUUUUUUUUUUGGGGCCGGAUGUCGUGACUUGUGAGAUAACCCUUUUUGCUGCACCUGGAAGCCAGAGCUUUUACAUAUAUAAUACUCGAUUAACACAAGCUAAACAAACUCGAGUGAAACCUAUCUCACUUCUUUUGCUGACAUUCAUCCUGAUCUUCCAUGCCAUUUUGUCUCAUAUUGGAUGGGGGUGCUAAAUCAAUGCAUCUUUGUUGAAGUUACAUUGGUAUUUGCUUUACUUUUAUUUUGGUUUACACAUGAAUUUGAAUUUAUUUUAGCACCCGCCCUAAUACUUCUAUUUCUGAAGGAUGGUUAGAAUUUUAGGACGAGUUAGACAUUGUUCUAUUGGUCAUUUGUGAACUUGAUUGGUGGAGUGGUCUUGAGGGGUCAUUGUCAUGCCCACGAAAUGGCCAGCUUGGGAAUUUUGAGAAUACUACUGGAUAGGAGUGGACUAUAAGAAUGUAGUUGUAAUUGUUGUAGUGGGAUCCAUGGGAAGGUUAGUUCCAGAAACAUUGUGAAGGAGAUAAAAGCUAGCCCCCACCCUCUUCACAUGACCACACGGUGACUUUGAAGCUUGCGGACAAAAGGAGGCCAUUGAAUUUGUCAUAGAGGGCACAGUACAAUGUAUGUACAGCAAAUGUUUUGUACAAUACAAAGAAACCUCUUUGAAUGCUGCAUUGAUUUGAUUUGA